UACAGCGCAUUGCCGUCUCGGCUACUAGCCUCCAGAGUCCAUACUCGUUCGCGCUCUCUCUCCGCCUUGCCUGAGCUCUAAGUAGUCGCCGCCGCAGCACCGCUCGUCCUCUCCAGUCUUCACCGCACGGCCUCGGUCUGCUCCUUUCAUCUCUCCAGUCUGCGCGUUGCUUUCUGUUCUUCGUGUGUGCUGUAUGCUUCGUGUUCGGGUAAGCUUCGUGCACGCCUCUGUUGUUGGAUUCUGGCAGAUUUGAGCUCGUGUUUGGCCUCGGUUGAAAAUCAAAAUUGGCUGCGUUAUUUAAUGAAGUAUGAAGAUUUUCUAUGAUUGCAGCAACUGGGUCUUGACUACAAUAUGCUGAAAUGUCUUGGCCCAAAACCAAGCACAAUCCUUACCAUCUUACAAGGAUGCAAUAACAUCAAAAGGCUUAAAAAGAUCCAUGCCCAUGUCAUCAUUAGUGGACUCCAACACCAUGUUACUAUUUCCAACAGACUCUUGAACUUCUGUGCUGUCUCAGUCGCAGGUUCCAUGUCUUAUGCUCAACAUCUGUUCCAUCAUAUGGACAACCCUUCAACUGAAGCAUGGAACUCCAUUAUCAGAGGCUUUGCACAGGGCUCGUCACCUCACCAAGCACUUCUUUACUACAACGCCAUGAUUUCUGCUUCAGUUUCUCAACCUAACGGCUAUAUUUUCUCAUUUGUUCUCAAGGCUUGUGAGAAGAUUAAGGAUGAAAAGAAAUGUAGAGAAGUUCAUGGAUCUAUAAUCCGACGAGGGUAUGAGAGAGAUAUUGUUGUUUGUACUAAUCUGAUGAGAUCAUACGCAGUUAAUGAAUUGAUUGAGGGGGCACAAAGAGUUUUUGAUGAUAUGUCUGACAGAGAUUUGGUUUCUUGGAAUUGUAUGAUAUCGUGCUAUUCUCAAGCAGGUUUUCAUCAAGAUGCUUUGACAUUGUACAAUCAAAUGCGGGAAAAAAAUGUUGGCUUGGAUGGGUUUACACUUGUUGGCUUGGCUGCAUCAUGUGCUCAUAUUGGAGCUUUAAAUGUUGGGAUUCAAAUGCACAAAAUUGCUCGUAAAAAGGGUUUUAUGUAUGACAUUUAUGUUGCCAACGCUCUUAUUGAUAUGUACGCAAAAUGUGGAAGCUUAGACAAUGCACUUUCUAUCUUCAACAAGAUGAAGAAGAAGGAUGUGUUUACUUGGAACUCGAUGAUUGUUGGCUAUGGAGUUCAUGGUCAUGGAGAUAAAGCAAUAUCACUUUUUAAGCAGAUGUUGAUGGCUGGAGUCCAGCCGAACUCUAUCACAUUUCUUGGUUUAUUAUCUGGAUGUAGUCACCAGGGUUUAGUCCAGGAGGGUAUUCAAUAUUUCCACUUGAUGAGCUCUGACUUCAAGCUGAAACCCGAAGUCAAGCAUUACGGUUGCAUGGUGGAUCUUUUUGGACGAGCGGGAAAACUUGAUGAGGCACUUAAGCUUAUAAAAUCUUCUUUCUUUGAUGCUCCAGUGCUUUGGCGCACAUUACUCAGCUCUUGCAAAAUUCAUAGAAAUGUGAUGAUUGGCGAAAUUGCCAUGAACAAUCUGGUCCGAGUUGGGAUGUCAAAUGCUGGUGAUUAUCUGCUAAUGGCCACAUUAUACGCUGGAGCUAAGGAUACAGAAGGGAUUGCACGGAUGAGAAAACUUAUGCAAAGCCAAGGAAUAAAGACCACCGUGGCCUGGAGCUGGAUUGAGGUUGAAGAUCAAAUUUACAAGUUUCUUGUGAAUGAUAAUUCACACCCUGAGUCUGACAACAUUUAUGCCAAACUAGAGGAAAUUAUUCAUCAGGCUGCCUUAUUUGGCUAUGUACAAGAGGAAGAGGUUAUGGACACAUAUCCUUUAUUUAGUACUGAAGUGAGUUUGGGGAGUUCAAGUUCUAAACAUAGUGAGAAAUUGGCAAUUGCCUUUGGGUUGAUAAAAACACCAGCCAAAUCAUGUUUACGAAUAAUGAAGAAUUUGAGGGUUUGUAAUGAUUGUCAUACGUUUAUAAAAUAUAUUUCUAAAGCAUUUGAUCGGGAAAUUAUUGUUAGGGAUAGAGUCAGGUUUCAUCACUUCAGUAAUGGAUCAUGUUCAUGUGGAGACUAUUGGUGAAAAGUCAUAUUUAUCUUCAAAGCCUCUUAAUUAUUUUCUCCACUUUUAUGACAUGGUUUUAUAAUUACUGAGAUGCUGAACUUCAGCUUUGCACGAAUCAUUAUCCUUCGUACUAUUGAUUAUUUUAGUGAUUACUAUGAUAGAACCCAAGAUUCUGACAGGCUUAUAACUUCCACAUUUGAUUCUUGUUCGAAGGAGACUAUAAAGUGUCUUAUUAUGAGAAUCAUUCCCAUGUUUAGCUAGUUUUACUUUGGACGGGAAGGUUGUCCCUUGGUGGUUGAGCUUGUAACUUCAUGUUAGGACCUAUAUUAGGCUGCCUCUGGGAUUGGAUGAAGUGAUGUUUGUUUUGGUGAUCCAUGCUCAGAAGUAGCCAAAUUAUCGAAGGUCAUCAUACUGGAGGAGGCUACUUUCUGAUUAUCACCCUCACUAGAAGUCAAAGGAGCACUCUUGGAGGUUGAACUCGCACCUCUGGAAAAAUCCACUAACAGGUUCAUCCUCAGAACAGCUACUAUCGAAUCAAACUAGGUACUGGAGACCCUGGAGCUUGAUUUCUUGCUUUUGAAUCCGAGGGUCUUGUGACUUUAGAGCCAGGUUAUAACUAUGAAUACUCAUUUGUGUUUCCUUUAUAUAUGCAUGAAUGGUGAUAUCACAAAAUGUAUAUUGAAAUGCAUUUUACUAUAUCUGCACAAUUGGUUAGUUAUUUCAUUGGUGAUUUCUUA